AUGCAUCAAAUAAUUACACCACCGAUACCUGCAGCAGCAGCAGCAGCAGCAGCAACAGCAGCAGCAGCAGCAGCAGCAACAGCAGCAGCAGAGAAAAAACAAAAGCAGCAAAAGAAGAAACACAAGCAGCGGCAGCAGCAGCAGCAGCAGCAGCAGCAACAGCAGCAGCAGGGGAGACACAGCAGAAGCAAAACAAAUGAAACGCUGAAACUGCAGCAAACACAAACACACACAAACACACCAGCAGCUGCAGCAGCAGCAGCAGCAGCAGCUGCAGCAGCAGCAGCAGCAGCAGAGCAACGGGAGCUACGAGGGGAGCAGCAGCAGCAACAGAAACAGCAGCAGCAACAGCAGCAGCAGCAGCAGCAGCAGCAGCAGCAGCAGCAGCAACGCCAGAAACGGCAGCAACAGCAACAGCAGCAGCAGCAACAACAGCGGCAGCAGCGGCAGCAGCGGCAACAGCAGCAAAAGCAGCAAAAGCAGCAGCAGCAGAAACGGCAGCAGCAACAGCAGCAACAGCAGCAGCAGCAGCAGCAAAAGCAACAGCAGAAACAGCAGGAGAAGCAGCAUGCGCAGCAGCAGCAGCAGCAACAGCAGCAGCAGCAGCAGCAGCAGCAGCAGCAGCAGCAAAAAGGAGAUUACCUAUCAGUGUGUGUAGGUGUGAGAGACACAGGGAAGCAAAAGCUAGCAGCAGCAGCAGCAGCAGCAGCAGCAGCAGCAGCAGCAGCAGCAGCAGAAAUGAUGAUAAAUGAAGAAGCGGAAUAG